AUGCCUGCGCCGCCAAAGCAGCGAAAGAUAGCCAUUGUUGGCAGUCGAUCCGUCGGUAUGCGAUCAAAAACUGCCCAGUCCAUCACUGCUCUUUUUAAGUUGCACCAUGGGGCUGCGGGGCUUGUAUACCGUAUUCAUCUGGACGAAUAUAGCAUCCUGAAUUCGAAACACUUCAUUGGAAUUCAUGGAUAUAUGAUCGUGUACUCGGUUGCUUCUCGUCAGUCAUUUGAUAUGGUCACUGUCAUCAGAGAGAAGAUAUUGAAUCAUCUGGGCGCAGACUGGGUGCCGUUGGUGAUUGUCGGAAAUAAAAGUGAUCUUAAACCCGACCAGCGACAGGUGUCACUGGAAGAAGGUCGCCAACUAGGCGAGCAGUUUCACUGUGCUUUCACUGAGGCUAGUGCUCGCCUUGACUACAAUGUCGCGAAGGCGUUCGAUCUGAUGAUUGGAGAGAUCGAGAAAUCUCAAAAUCCGUCCCAGCCAACAGGCGGAAGUAAAUGCGCUGUUAUGUAG